CGCUUCGUGCUUUACGACAGUGUCGUAAGUUGUUCCUUGACAGUAAACAUGGCAAACCUUGCUGAUGUCGGGUGGAAGCUGCUGGAGUUUAAGGCCAGAUCUAAACGUUCAGAGCUUCAGUAGUGCUGUAGUGUGGUAACUUUGGGCUAAUGAACAAAAUGGCCGGCGCUGCGUGCGAGCGUUCCCGUUCCACACACGGUUCCCGUUCCUCACCCAGACUCGACAGACACGGCUCCAUUUAUGAACCUCUCAAGCUGUCCGUCCUGCACCACGAGGACGAGCCUCUGUGGGAGAAACUGGACCGGUUCUACAGCUCAGUGAAGUGCACUAUACUGAACUAUCAGAGCCCCACCACUGGUCUGUUUCCUGUGAAGACCUGCUCAGACUGUAAAGAAGCUAAAGUGCGAGAUUCACUUUACUGUGCUGCCAGUAUCUGGGCUCUGGCUCUCGCUUAUAGACGCAUCGAUGAUGAUCUGGGCCGCACACACGAGCUUGAACAUUCUGCCAUUAAAUGUAUGCGAGGAAUUCUCUACUGCUACAUGCGCCAGGCUGACAAGGUGGAGAGGUUUAAGCAGGACCCGAGCCCGUACACGUGUCUCCACUCAGUGUUUAAUGUUCAUACAGGAGAUGAGAUUUACUCAUAUAAACAAUACAGUCACCUGCAGAUCGAUGCGGUGUCUCUCUUUCUGCUCUACCUGGUGGAAAUGAUUUGCUCUGGUCUGCAGAUCAUCUACAACACUGAUGAGGUUUCCUUCAUCCAGAACCUGGUGUUUUGUGUGGAGAGAGCGUACCGAGUCCCAGACUUUGGCAUGUGGGAAAGAGGAAGUAAAUACAACAACGGCAGCACAGAGCUUCACUCCAGUUCUGUGGGACUCGCCAAAGCAGCUCUCGAGGCCAUCAAUGGAUUCAACCUGUUUGGAAACCAGGGAUGCUCCUGGUCAGUGAUAUUUGUGGAUUUGGAUGCUCACAAUCGCAACAGACAGACGCUGUGUUCCCUUCUACCCCGAGAGUCCCGGUCUCACAACACGGACGCGGCCCUUUUACCCUGCAUCAGCUAUCCGGCAUUCGCGGUGGACGACGACGCACUUUACAGCCAAACGCUGGACAAAAUCGUCCGUAAGCUUAAAGGCAAAUACGGCUUCAAGAGGUUCCUGAGGGACGGAUACAGGACGGCGAACGAGGACAAGAACCGCAGAUACUACGGACCUGCUGAGAUGAAGCUCUUUGAUGGCAUCGAGUGUGAGUUUCCCAUAUUCUUCAUCUACAUGAUGAUUGAUGGUGUUUUCAGAGGAAACACGGCUCAGGUGAAAGAAUACGAAGAGCUGCUGCAGGCCGUCAUUUUUCAGUCUUAUGAAGGUCAUGCCGUCAUUCCAAAGUACUAUCACGUGCCGGCGGAUUUUGUGGAGGCGGAGCAGAAGAAACACGGCAGCCAAAAACGUUUUCCGAGCAACUCGGGUCGUGACGGGAUGCUGUUUCUGUGGGGUCAGGCUAUGUACAACAUCGCCAAGCUGCUGGUGGACGGCCUGAUCAGCCCCAAAGACAUUGACCCCAUCCACCGUCAUGUACCACGUCAGGACCAGAGGAACGUUAGCAUGAGAUACUCCAACCAGGGUCCCAUCGAGAAUGAUGUGGUGAUCCACGUGGCUCUUAUCGCCGAGAGUCAGAGGUUGCAGGUUUUCUUGAACACGUACGGUAUACAGACUCAGACCCCUCAGCAGGUGGAACCCAUUCAAAUCUGGCCUCAGCAGGAGCUUGUGAAGGCAUAUCGUUUUUUGGCCAUCAAUAAGAAGCUUGGUCUAAGUGGACGUCCAGAGAGACCGGUGGGCUGCAUCGGGACCUGUAAGAUUUAUCGAAUCCUGGGGAAGACCGUGGUUUGUUACCCCAUCGUUUUUGACCUCAGCGACUUCUACCUGUCUCAGGAUGUCAUGUUGCUGAUCGAUGACAUCAAGAACGCCCUGCAGUUUAUUAAGCAGUGCUGGAAGAUGCCGGGCUGCCCGCUGUUCCUCGUUCUCAUCAGAGAGGAUAACAUCAGGGGGAGUCGCUUCAACCCCGUACUCGACAUGCUGGCCUCGUUCAAGAAGGGGAACGUCGGAGGGGUCAAAGUUCACGUCGAUAGGCUUCAGACUCUGAUCUCCGGAGCCGUGGUUGAGCAGUUGGAUUUUCUGCGUGUCAACGAAGCAGAGAUUCCCGAGUUUAAGAGCUUCGAGGAGCUGGAGCUGCCCAAACACUCGAAGGUGAAGCGUCAGACGAGCACGCCGAACGCCUCGGACCUCGAGCAGCAACCUGAGAUCGACAUUGAAGAGUGGAGGAACAAAUCCACACACGAGAUCCUGCAGAAGUUCAACGACUGCGUCUGUCUCGCCAGCCAGGCGCAGCUCGCUAGUGUUCUCAUGAAGAAAGAAGGUCCAGACUUCUUCAGCAAAGACGAGUACCUGAAGGCCGAGUUGGAGCGAGUCUACAGGAGAGCAGGCAGCAGGAAACUCUGGAUGGCGGUGCGUUGCGCGGCAGCCGCUACUCAGAAGUUCGCCAGUUCUAUAGCACCUCAUAUAACGACCCUGUUGGUGCACGGUAAACAGGUGACUCUGGGUCUGUUUGGACACGAGGAGGAAGUGAUCUCUAACCCUCUGUCUCCGGCCGUCAUUAAGGACAUCAUUUACAGGAAGUGCAGUCCUCACGGCGAGCGAGAGGCCGUGCUGCAGCAGGAGCUCGUCAUCCACAUCGGCUGGAUCAUCUCCAACAACCCCGAGCUGUUCAGCGGCAUGCUCAAGAUCCGCAUCGGGUGGAUCGUCCAGGCCAUGAAGCACGAGCUGAAGAUCCGCGCAGGAGACAUGCCGCCUCAGGACAUCUACCAAAUGUCACCUAGUGAUGUCAAACAGCUGCUGCUGGACGUUCUUCAACCUCAACAGACCGGCAGGUCGUGGCUGAAUCGGCGUCAGAUCGACGGCUCUCUGAACCGAACUCCACUCGGGUUUUACGAUCGCGUCUGGCAGAUUCUGGAGCGGACGAGUAACGGCAUCGUGGUGGGAGGUCUUCACCUGCCUCAGCAACCCACUCUGUCUGAUAUGACCAUGUAUGAGAUGAACUUCUCCCUGCUGGUGGAGGACAAGCUGAAGAACAUUGUGCUGCCUGAAUACAGACAGAUCAUUGUGGAGCUCCUGAUGGUGGUGUCUCUUGUGCUGGAGAGAAACCCUGAGCUGGAGUUUCAGGAGAAGGUUGAUUUGGACAGACUGGUGAAAGAAGCUUUUAUUGAUUUCCAGAAGGAUCGAGGAAAAGCUGAGACGACUCAGAGUGAGAAGGAUAUGGAGGUGUUCUAUAACACUCCUCCACUGGGGAAGAGAGGAACCUCCAGCUACCUGACUAAAGCAGUGAUAAUCCAACUGCUGCAGGGGGAAGUGAAGCCCUGCAAUGACGACCCCUGCUCCGUCAGCUGAACACGACCCUGCAAUGACGACCCCUGCUCCGUCAGCUGAACACGACCCUGCAAUGACGACCCCUGCUCCGUCAGCUGAACACGCUUUCCUUUUUUCUCACUUUCUGUUCCUCUGUGUUCCUUCUCUCAGUCCAUCCUUUCCUCUUUACCUUGUUUAUUUUUAGCGUGUAGAGCAACUCAACCUUUGCACUUGCUAUUGUACACUUUUUAAACUGCACUGUUAUACAGAUUUUUUCGAAACCCCGUAGUGUUCAGCUUCACCUCCUGACCGUUUCAUCCCACACCAUCCUCGUUUUCUGUUUCUCUUUAGUUUAAACCACAUAAUGCUUUAGUUUAUCGAUUUGGCUGCUGGUGACCCAGUUUACCGAGUCACACUGUUUUAAAAAAAUAAAUAAAUCAGCGGUUAUACAA